AUGUCUUUCGGAAAGCUCUACGGUCUCCCUGACAACGGUCGUACCAUCGCCGUCCUGGUCGCUGCCAAGCACAACGACCUCGACAUCGAGCUGGUCAACACCCAGGCCAACUCUGCCGUCAACACCAGCGCUGAGUACCUCAAGAUCCAUCCCCUUGGCAAGGUCCCCGCCUUCGAGGGUGCCAAUGGCUUCACUCUGUCCGAGGUCAUCGCCAUCGCCAUCUACGUGACCUCCCAGAACGAGAAGACCACCCUUCUUGGCAAGACCAAGCAGGACUAUGCUUCCAUCGUCCGCUGGUUGUCCUUCGCGAACGGCGAGCUCCUUCCCAAGGUCGGCUCGUGGUACCGCCCCCUCCUCGGCUUCGACGCCUACAACAAGAAGACCGUCGAUGAGGCCGCCAAGGCUGCCCUGAAGACCAUUGCCGUCCUCGAGCAGCACCUCACCGCCAACACCUACCUGGUCGGCGAGCGCAUCACUCUGGCUGAUCUCUUCACUGCCUCCCUCCUGACCCGUGCCUUCGCCACCGUUCUGGACAAGAAGUUCCGCUCUGCGAACCCCGCCGUCACCCGCUGGUACAACACCAUCAUCGCCCAGGCUGCCUUCAAGGCCGUUGUCCCCUCCCCCGUUUUCGCUGAGGAGGUCAUCAAGUACACUCCCCCAAGAAGGAGGAGAAGCCCAAGCCCGCUGCUGCCCCCGCCGCCGCCGCUGAGGAGCCCGCUCCCGCCCCCAAGCCCAAGCACCCUCUCGAGGCCCUUGGCAAGCCCACCCUCAUCCUCGAUGAGUGGAAGCGCCAGUACUCCAACGAGGACACCCGUCCCGUUGCCCUCCCCCUGGUUCUGGCAGAACUACAAGCCCGAGGAGUACUCCCUCUGGAAGGUUGACUACAAGUACAACGAGGAGCUCAAGCUCACCUUCAUGGCCAACAACCUGAUCGGUGGCUUCCACGCCCGUCUUGAGGCUUCCCGCAAGUACCUCUUCGGUGCCCAGGCUGUCUACGGCGCCAACUACGCCUGCGUCAUCAAGGGUGUCUUCCUUGUCCGCGGCCAGGAGGCUAUUCCCGCCUUCGACGUCGCUCCCGACUGGGAGUCCUACAACUUCGAGAAGCUUGACCACACCUCCGAGGCUGACCGCAAGUACAUCGAGGAUAUGUGGGCCUGGGACGUCCCCGUCACCGUCGACGGCAAGACCCUCGAGUUCGCUGACGGCCACGUCUUCAAAUAA